AUUACAAACAAACCAAUACCUGAAUAUCUAUAGAUCCUGACCACACGUCUCUGUGUUUUCAAGGGUGCAUGUUCAUCCCUUCCCCAUGUAGACGACUCCUUUUUUAAAUCUACAAAAAAAGAAAAAAAACAUAAGAUAAUUUUCAUUUAUCAACCAUGGAGAUUGAAGACCACAAAAAUAAUUCCAAUAUGAGUAACAAACGUGAUUUUUAUUGCUUACUGAAGCGUUUUGGCCGUUGGCAGUCCUCAUUAAUCUUUUCGCUCGACUGUUUAGGAGAAGCAUAAGCCAUGAUCAACAACAUGACAAGCAUUAUACGUUCAACACAGGGUGGUUGUUGGGGAAGUGAUAGACUUAGGCUUCGGCUUUAUGGCGGCGUUUUCGACCUGGCCGUGAUGCCAUUGAUAGAUAGAGUUGAGAGCUUACAGGGAGUAAUAAGGAAGGUUAAAAGAAUAGAAGCUAUGGGGCAAACAGGUAGAUCCAACUAUGUUGAUGUAACAAAAUUUCCCAAAGCAGGGACAUCAAAGUUAUCAACAGAUGAAAUGCCUGAGGCUCCAACUGCUCCUUCCACUUACAAUGAAAAGAUGUUAGCAAACUAUGUGCCAGUCUAUGUGAUGCUUCCAUUGGGUGUUAUUUCAAAUGAUAAUGUUUUUGAAGAUCAGCCCAAGAUGGAAAAGCAGCUCAAGGAGCUGAGAGCAGCUGGUGUUGAUGGGGUAAUGGUUGAUGUUUGGUGGGGGAUUGUGGAAUCAAAAGGACCUAAGCAAUACGAUUGGAGUGCUUAUAGGAGCUUGUUUGCACUCGUUCAAGAAUGUGGAUUGAAACUACAAGCCAUUAUGUCAUUUCAUCGAUGUGGUGGCAAUGUUGGAGACGAAGUUACCAUCCCACUUCCACAAUGGGUGCUUGACAUUGGUGAAACAGACCCUGACAUAUUUUAUACCAAUCGGAAAGGUAACCGGAACAAAGAAUACCUCACUAUCGGUGUCGAUAAUCAACCUCUUUUCCAUGGAAGAACUGCUGUCCAGUUGUACAGUGACAACAUGAAGAGCUUUAGGCAGCACAUGUCAGAUUUUAUAGAAGCAGGGCUCAUAAUAGAUAUUGAAGUAGGACUUGGUCCUGCAGGUGAGCUUAGGUAUCCCUCUUAUACAGGAACACAAGGAUGGGUUUUCCCUGGCAUUGGAGAAUUUCAAUGCUAUGACAAGUACCUCGAAGCGGAGUUCAAAGAAGCAGCAACGGGUGCAGGCCAUCCCGAAUGGGGAUUGCCUGAUAAUGCCGGGGAAUACAAUGACACGCCUGGAUCCACAGAGUUCUUUGGAUUGAAUGGGACAUACAUGACUGAGAAAGGGAAGUUUUUCUUGACUUGGUACUCCAACAAGUUACUAAACCAUGGUGAUGAGAUCCUUGAUGAAGCUAAUAGAGCUUUCUUGGGGUGUAAACUGAAGCUAGCCGCAAAAGUAGCUGGAAUACAUUGGUGGUAUAAAUCUCCUAGUCAUGCAGCAGAACUUACUUCAGGAUAUUACAAUUUGAAAGAUAGAGACGGAUAUAGACCUAUUGCAAGGAUGCUAUCAAGGCAUUAUGCUAUUUUCAAUUUCACAUGUUUGGAGAUGAGGGACUCAGAACAAAGAGCUGAUGCUAAAUGUGGACCUCAGGAACUUGUUCAACAGGUUCUGAGUGGGGGGUGGAGAGAGGAGGUAGAAGUUGCAGGAGAAAAUGCAUUAUCAAGAUACGACAGCAAUGGUUACAAUCAGAUGCUGUUAAAUGCCAGGCCUAAUGGUAUCAGCAGAGAGGGUUUGCCAAAGCAAAUUAUGUAUGGGGUAACAUAUCUUCGUUUAUCAGAUGAGCUUUUGAAAGACAAGAAUUUCAAGAUAUUCAAGACAUUUGUGAAGAAAAUGCAUACUGAUCAAGUAAGCAAACAUUUACAUACAUACAAAGACAAUACCCUUGAGGGGAUAAAGUUGGUGUUUUUUUUUUUGUUUGUUUCUCAGGAUUACUGUGCAGAUCUGGGAAUGUACAAUCACCAAAUAGGUCCAUUGGAGCGGUCAAAGCCAAAGUUGGUGAUGGAAGAUCUACUGGAAGCAACCAAGCCAAUGGAGCCAUUCCCCUGGGGUGAAGAAACAGACAUGAAGGUUGAUGAUUUUGAUGGUGUACUUGCUAAUUUGAUAAGAAAGCUGUUUUCCUUGUUCAAGUGAGAUAAAAGGGUCAAAAAAAUAAUUGGAAAUGGAGUCGAAAUAAAUAAAUAAAAACCUUCAUGGUUAUAAAUUAUAAUAUAAUCACCAACUCUGUGAAUAAUUAUAACAAAUGCCAUCUGUAUUUGCCAGGAAUCAUCAGGCUUAUCAACCAUAACUUUCUUCAUUAAAAGCAAGUAGAGAGUAGAUUUGUUCAUAUUUUCUCUGUACAAUUUUUCAUUGAGAAACAUAAUUUCAACAA